AUGGCUAUCCGCCUCCUGGACAGUCCGGCCACCCUCCCGGCUAUUUGCCGCCUCUGCAGCCAGGAUCUGAGCAUCGUUCCCAAGCGUACCCCCCAGAGCAUCGCGCCAGCUAUUACGACGAGAGACGCCAUCCUCAAUACAGUGAAUACCCCCCCGACUACUACUACCGUCAGCAGGGCCCCCCUCCAAAUGGCUAUCCCCGCGAUUACCGCGGCGCUCCGCCUGGGUCGUAUCCCCCAGACUUUGGCCAGGGGGUCGGCCCUUCAAUGGCACAAGCUGCGCCGCGACAGCGUACCUCAAUCGCUUGUAGAUACUGUCGAAAGCGCAAGUGGCUACCAGAGCGCCCCCGGAGGGAAGUGUCAGAACUGUGCAAGAAUGAAUCAGGAAUGCAUUUUCCAGCCCGUCUCUUCUUCGAGCUCCACAGCCUUUGUUCCGCUUUCUGCGGUUCAAGGCGGUGUUCCUCCCGGUACUCAGUUAUUCGGCGCCUAUGGCCAACCUCUCGCGCCCAAUUCGGUCCCCGGUGGUCAUCACUACCCUCCUCAUCAUGGCGGACCACCGCCGCCCGGCGGAGCGUACUAUGGCCCGCCUUCACAGUCACCCACGGAAGCCUAUGCAUCCUAUGGCGGAGAUCCCCGAGAGGAUCCGUCUUUGGCAGCUGGCAAGCGAUCAAGGGAUGCCAUGGACCGAGAGGAAGAGUGGCGAAGACAGGCGCCCCGAGGCGCCCAUGACGAUGACCCGCGCAGACGGUCUCCUGCUGAGUUCUCCAGCAAGAGCAGCCCCGGCGGGGGCAACUACCCGUAUCCUGUUGCUCGACACAGCCCGCAUGCAGCGACGGCAUCCACUGCUGGGCCUCAGUCUCGAUCACCUGGUGGACAAACCGGCUCAAGCGGCGCCUCAACCCCGGUCCGUCAACCUGGCGUGCCUGUUCCCCAGAGUCAGCAGGCGCCGACCUCGAAGAUGAGCUUGAGCAACUUGGUCGACAAAAGCGACAUUGACAAGGGCAUGAUUGACCGCCUAAAUCGCCCGCGGGACGGGGCUGGUCCCCCGCUGCGCGAUUAA